UCGUCAGUUGUACUAGAAGAAGUCUUCCCGUUUGUACUGUGUAAACUCGCGUGGUGUGUUGUGUGCCUAAUGAGACGCAUACCGUCGUUUAAGUCGUGUAGAUUUUUUGAGCCGUAUUUUUAUCAGAUUGCACGUGGAACGCCCUUUUACCCGACAGCUACAGAAGGAUCGCACCUCUUCAUAACACGCAGACAAUACAUGCACUCAGCCAAGAGACCUUGUUUGCAGGAAAUGUCUUCUGUUAAAAUUGGCACACACAACGGGACAUUUCAUUGUGAUGAAGUCUUGGCGUGUUACUUUCUACGGCAGCUCCCGGAGUACAAGGAUGCUAAAAUCACGCGGACACGUGAGCCUGCAGAGCUGGCCCAAUGUGAAGUUGUGGUUGACGUUGGCGGAGUGUAUGACCCAAGUCAACAGCGUUAUGACCAUCAUCAGAGAUCCUUUGUGGAGAGCUUCAACAGUUUAUGCCCAGAGAAGCCAUGGGUAACCAAACUGAGCUCAGCCGGUCUGGUUUAUUUUCACUUUGGUCGACGAAUUCUUUCCCAGCUUACAGGGCUGACACAAGACAGCAGACAGUUGGAGAUCCUAUUUGAUAAGCUGUAUGAGAACUUUGUUGAGGAAGUGGAUGCAGUGGAUAAUGGGAUUUCUCAGUGUGAUGGUGAGGCACGUUACACUAUCAGCACCAACCUCAGCGCUCGUGUUGGCUAUCUUAACCCACGGUGGAAUAGUGAUUGCCAGGAUACAGAGGAGGGUUUUCUUAAAGCCAUGGUCUUGGUGGGAACGGAGUUCUUAGAUCGAUUGGACUACUAUCAAAAUGCAUGGCUCCCUGCGCGAGCAGUAGUGGAGGCUGCUGUUCAGACAAGGCAUCAGGUGGAUCCCAGUGGGGAGAUAAUUAUGCUGGCCCAAGGCGGAUGUCCUUGGAAAGAGCAUCUGUUUGCCUUGGAAAAAGAGCUAAAGGUGGAGGUACCAAUCAAAUUUGUGCUCUAUCCAGACCAGAAUGGCCAGUGGAGAGUCCAGUGUGUGCCAAAAGGGCUCAACACAUUCCAAAACAGGUUGUCACUGUUGGAGGAAUGGCGUGGUAUCAGAGACAAUGCAUUGUCCCAGCUCAGCGGAAUCCCUGACUGUAUUUUUGUCCAUAGCAGUGGCUUUAUUGGGGGAAACAAAACCAAGGAGGGAGUUAUUGAGAUGGCUAAAAGAACCUUACUAGCAUCCUGAACAUCUCCAAUGACUGCUGCACAUUGUCUUGCUUUUGCUUUAUUGCUUAAGCACAUUUUUGUAUAGCAAGUUUAACUUGCUUUUUUCACAAUAAUAAAAUGCCUGAACCAAAGCAGUCUGUUUGCCUUUUAGUUUAUCAUCCAUGGAAGUGCUCAACCAUUUUACCCCAGACUAGUAAUGAGAGUGAAACGCUUUGUUUUUUAAAAUGUCAUCCAGCCAUACAUUCAUGCCUCCUGCCUGCUGUCAGUAGUUUUACUUAAACAUUAAACCUAUUAUGACUGUCAGUUAUUAUAUAAUUGCAAAUUUCUUAAACUCAGUCAGCAGACACCCAAGCCACUUACAAAUAACCUUAAAAUCUGACCUUAAAAUAGGUAAAUAAUAUGAAUGUUAACAUGAAAGUUGUUGAACACUCAAAGAAGAACAAAUUAAAUGUACAUUGUUCUAAUUAACAAAUGCAUUGUUUUAUGUACUAUAACAUUUGCAUUCAUUUAUAAAUGUAGACCUGAAUUAUUUUUGGAAUUAAAAGAAGAAUCAUAGUGUAAAUUUUGUAAAUGAUGUGCAUUAAAUGUAAUGUCAAAGAACCUAUUAUUUCUGCCAAAUGUAAAAAUUUUAUGUAAUGACAUUUUUGACAUUUGCUAAUGUCAUUUUGACAUUGCCCUUUAUUGAUUAAAUGCAUUGGAUAUGAGUAAAAGUGUCUAGAAUCUACACUUGGAAAAGUGUAGCAUGGUGAUCUAUUUUGGGGGCAUUAACAAAUAAGGUUUUCAAAAUGACCAUUUUUAAAAACUUGUGAAAAAGGACAAAGGACAUUCUACAUACGUACAUGUAUAUGUAUCUACAUGCAUAUUUGCAGUUAUAUUUGUGCACUUUGUAUCUUAAGUAUAGUUGGUGUAAUCAAAGCCUUUAAUCACAUUUGUGUGAGUUGUUAAUAUUGUACUCAUUGCUUCAUUUGACUUAUUUGUACCACGUGACAUCUCAAACUAAUGUCAAAUUAAACAGGCAUCUGCUUAGAUA